AUGAGUGGCACAGGACUGGGAUGGCCCGCUUUAGUGCCACCAUACCGCAACCGCCUUGAAGAGUGGUUUAGCACGCCUGAGAAAUUGUUUGCCUCCUUCGACACGAGGGAAGAGCUUGUAUCAUUGCUUAGGGCUUGCGAUAACACGCUUCUUGAAAGUAGCCUGCAGUUGAUUGCGGAUGCACUUCUUGAAUGGCAUGCAGACAAUGCCCGCACAGUUGCGAGUGGGCGCAGGGAAGCAAGGAGGCGCUUGACAGAGUGCUUGCCCAGUGUCCCGGGAACUGGCCUUAGCUUGCAUGAGCAUUACAAUCAGAUCGCACUUCAGAGUCCACUUGCGUUGCUUCCGGUUCUUCGCAAGCGGAAGUUAGCUACUGAUAGGGUCGUAGAUCGCGGUGCCAGGGCCACUGAAGAGAUACGACUUCGGCAGGAGUAUGCAUUGCGUCUUGCAGCCAUCAUGCAGGAGGCGCAACUGCCGGUGUGCAAGGUGCUUGCAGGGGUCAGCAAUGCCGAGGAAGCCUGGCCACGGCUGUUCGGGACCCGUCGCUCCAAGACAUUGAGGAAUCGCUUUAGGGCUUGGGAUAAGUUUCGGGAAUGGUUGCUUUAUAGCCGUGGCAGAAGCUAUCCGGAAGGGGUAGCUGAUGUGCUAGACUAUGCCAAUGAACGAUUCCAGGAAGGAUGUGGAAAGACAGUCCUCGAAAGCCUGCAAGCCUCUCUCAGUGUAAUUGAAGGUGUAGGGCGCGUGCCGUCUACGCAGCAGAUAUCUCAGGAUCCCACAUGGCAGGCGCAGCUCAAAAGUUACACAGCCGAUUUGAUUUCGGCGGCACCGCCGGAGCAGCCAGCCAGCAUGCUCACCGUUGCUAUCGUCCUCGCAUGUGAGAUCUUCGUCUGCACGCCUGGGGAGCCUAGUUACUUGAGAGCAUUGGGCUUUGUAUGCUUAUUGAUGGUUUGGGGGUCACUUCGGGCUGAUGAUGUUCAGGGGCUCUUGCCGCAGACCAUGCUUCUGGACGAGCGAGGGCUUAGCAUUGAUCUCGCGCGGUCCAAGACUACAGGGCCCGACAAAAGGACCCACACCGUCAAGGUCUUCGUGGAACGGAGUAUCUCUCUGACAGGGCAUGACUGGCUGAAGGCCGGAUAUGCACUUUGGAAGGAUUUCGAUUUUGAGAGGGAUUAUUUGGUUUUGAAGGCCAAUGAAGGUUUCACGGAACCCCUUGAGAAGUCGGUGCCUUCCUCCACGGUGGCCCUUUACUUCCGCAAAGUUCUCAGUGAGUUGAAGACGCCCAAGCGUGAGGGGCGCACCUGGAAGGCCAAUGAUCAGCGUCCGCUGCUCCCAGGAUACACUUCCAGUCACUUUACGGGCCAUUCUGCGAGGAACUUCCUUAGCUCGGUCGGAGCGGCCAUCGAUGUCGACCCCAGGGAGCUUGAUUAUCUGGGUCGCUGGAAGGUAGGUGGCGAAGGUUCUGCAACCUACAUUCGCACUUCUAGGCAGGUUGUGCAUCGUCUCCAGAGUCACAUUGCUUGUUCUCUUGUCACCGGACAGCCUAAGCACUACAUCGAGGUGGAUUCCAUCAAGGCUUUGACGGACUAUGCAGCUAAGGCGGGGGAGAGCGAAUCUCAGGUUCGUCGCCGUCACACCCUCCUCGAGGGAUCCAAAGGCUUGGGCGGAUCGUGGCCAACUCUGGCAUUGGAAGUGGGUGUUGCGGCACCACCUUCUCCAGUCGAGCAGGUCUCGAUGCCAGGCAGCCGGGGGGAUUACUUCAUCGUUACCUCUCGCACCACAGGCCUGAGGCGUUUGCACAUGUUGGGUUGCUAUGUCAAGCCUGAGAAUUGUUACGAUGUAAAAUUUGUCAAUCAUGUCGGCGCGGAGGACGUCGAUAACAUUUGCAAAGAUUGCAAAGCAAGAAUGAAGGCUCAGGCCGGAGAGGAGGAAUCAGACCCCUCCAGCAGUGACAGUGGGAGGAAGUCUCACUCGGCGCAGGCCGUGAGGUGCCGACGGAUUCCGCAUCCUGUCACAGGCCUCAGGGCGACGGGCGGACACAUCGCAGUGCAGCUAAAGGCCUCAGGGCGGCUAGCAAUCCAAGUCCUACAGGGCCACAGGCGAUUCCAGGCAAUCGCCGAUUCCCGGCCGGAAGCUCGGGCUGCUGGGAAGGCGGACUUUGGUUUGGAUGAUGGGGCUGCAGAUGGGCGACAACAAAUCGCGGGGGUCGUCGCUGCAUGGGAACUUGCGCGCGACGUAAUCAGCAAAGAGACGGAAACGCGAGCAGAGGCGAAAGUGUUAGGCCAGCCGCGAAUCUUGCAAGUCACAGAGAGGCAAGCAAUGCUCAAGGCGGUAGCGGCCGUUCACGGGCAGCUGGGAGAGUCGGAGACUCCAUCGUCUGAGUACCUCGCUCUCAAGUGCGAGGAGUGCGAAGCCAAUGAGCCUCAGGCUUCAACCUUGGAUGCCAUAACUUCGAAGAAGAACACGCUCACCACGAGCAUCCAGUCCAGCCUUGACGCUUCGGGGCGAAUUCAUAUUACUCAGCACAAAUCCAAGAGUGAGCUCCCGACUACUACAGAAGCUUAUCGCAAGGUCCUUCGCGUGGAAGCUUUCACAUGGCUAUGCAUGGCAUCCCGCUUUAAAUCCAAGCAGUGGCUUCAGGAUCUCAAGCUGUCUGACUUCGACCACUUCGUGAACUACAUCCUUGGCGAAAAGGUCGCCCAGCUCUCAGUGCCUACGUCUCAUCAGCCAGCCGAUGAGACCUACUUCACGACGCCGCUCGCAUUGUCCAUCAUUGAGCGACCACGCAAGUGGCACAAAGGCAAGGGCAAGAGCAAGGUAUGGACCAGUGCGGCCCAGAUUGGAAUCACUGCACCUGGGAAACAAGAAUGGACCUCAUGCGUCGCCAGUUUGCAGAGACAAGCGAGUGACGGCUUGAGCGACUUCGCCUAUGGCCUGCUCGGUCUCGGACAUGCGAUCUUCCAGGCGCUGAACCUGGUACAGGAGGCCCGCGACGUCAUCUGUGAUGUGGGCUCUUACCUUCAGUCUUUGGGCAAUGUCACUAACCUUCUUCAGUUCGAUCUUCAGCGCUCCACCGAGCAUGACUUGACUAAGGAAGGCUUGUGGCAGCACAUCUUUCAGUUGCUUGGCGAAGGGGAUUGGAUCCUCAUUGUGGAGCAGGCUAAUUAUUUUCUUGAUCAGACCGUGACGGCCUGUCAACUUGCAUGGCAGUAUAUCCUGGAGCACCCGGAGGAUCUCGGCGCGACGCCGGAUCACGAGUUACCGGCUUCCGUUUGGCAACUACCAGCUCUGCGUGAGCUCCAGGCCUUUGUCGAGCAGCCUCCGCCUUUUGCUUCAUGGCCACGCUUCGACUCCAGCGAUCGCUACGUGGGGCCGUUGCCGCCACGUGAGGCAGGUCCAAUGCAGGAAUCCCACGAGGCGACGCAGGAGGCAUGCGACGAGGAUCUCGCGUUUCUUCGCGGGCAUGGUUUCGUCCUUCCGGGCGAAGAGCACAGUGUUGAUCUUGAGGCGGUCCAGUCAGAUGAUUCGGAGGUGCUGGAGGGGGGCGAGGUCGAAAGACCGGAGCCCUUCAAGCAUCAGGAGUGCCACAACAUCGGGCUGCCUUUGAACCUCGAGUGGGAUGGCAAAACUCAGCCGAUCACGGAUGGCUUUGGACUCUGCUCACCCACUAGAUGGCCUCCGGAAGCCAGGGGGGGCCUGCUGCCCAAGCAGGCUUUGGAGUUCGCCACUGCCAUGCAUCAAGUGCUUCGAGACUUUGUAGCGGACGUUGUGCCUGAUAUCAGGCGCACGGCGAUGGAGCUUGCGCUAGGCAAGUGUACGGAUCUUGAUGUGGUGCCGAGUGGCCAGCCAUUCUUCUUGCAUGCUGUGUCUGCGACAGCGCGGCUGUUGCAGGACCCAGAUUGGAAAGCCGUUUCUUGCCAGGAGGACUCCUAUGUCAGCGGGGUCGCCGCAGCAAGAUCGGUCAAGAGAGCAGGCGUGGCCUUUCGCACUGAUGCAAAGUGUGCGGACGGGUACGUGGUCCUUGGGGGUUGGGAUUGCGCAGGCACAACUCAGGAGUCCAGGUGGUUCUCACUUCGACUUACUCCCUCAGAGGCCCCUUACCUCUUUGACUCAGAAGGUCACAGUCAGUGGGCUUCGGCAUCGGCUGAAUUGCUGGCCACGCUGGCCGCACUGCACAUCUUCGGUCACCUUGAAGCCGGGCCAACUAGGCGUUUGAUGAAGGUUGAGGUUUUAGCCCAGACGGAUAAUAAGUCUAACGAGGGCUUGACUCGCAAGGGUUCUACAACGCGCUGGCCCUUGCUCAUGGUGAACAUGCAGCUCACCCAUGUUCUCAUGAAGGCCGGCUUGCGGUUGAACUUGGGAUGGCGUCCCCGGGAUGAAAAUCAGGAAGCCGAUGAUUUAACCAACGAAAUCUUCGACCGUUUCUCUGAGGAGUUGCGGGUCCCAGUGCAGUACUCCGAAUUGCCGCUUUCCUUUCUUCACACUCUUUACGAAGCCAGGCGUGCACAGCUGAGCACCCGUGAAGUGGAUUCCAUUCGCGACACGGUCGGUGGCAGGCCACGCUUCAGAGGCAAGAGAAAGAGAGAGAAGUCUCCUUGGUGA